AUGGCCAACCCAACAUCAUCCGAUGACGAACCCGUUUAUAUGCGGGCCUUAAAUGCAGCUAGGAACGGCGACAAAGCCGCUCUCGAAGGACGGGAUGGAGAAAUUCUAGCAUCUGCUCGCGAUGCUUUAUGGCGGAAGGUUGAGGCGAACCCAAACUACUUGCUCAACCGACAUGAGUUUGCACUCUUCAACUACUACCGGCAACACUACGAAAAAACCGCGAAAAACAAAGAAACAGUCCGGAAAGCGGUAGCCCGAUUUUGGGACAACUAUUCAGAGGGGCCGUCGGGUUCUAAACCGGGCAAGUCAUAG